AUGACGUCACGUCACGUUCUAAGGCUAAGGUGUACCAACUCCAACUCCCACUACGAGUGGACAAUCCGAGGCGGAGACACGAUGUCCUGUCGAGGGAACAGGGAAGGGGGACGACACGAGGCGAAUUCGGCGCAGUCCACGCAGGAUCGCAGGAAACUCUUAAAACGUACGAGGAGCCUCGCUGUGAUAUCCGAGGACGAAUCUCGACACGAUCGAGAGGCCCGUCAAUUUAGGCUCGGCCAAUCGACCUUCGAUUUGCCCAGGAGGCAUCAACUGAUCCCACGAGCCAAGCUCAUCGAUCGCAACUCUUUGAAGGACAGGCUCUGUAAGAGCCAGCAGCAUCUUUCGGACUCGUACGAGCGAUUCAACGAGGCGAGACCGUAUCAUUCGAGAUCUGCCUGCGGUCUUCAUUCGAUUCCUUCGGGGCUGCCAUCGUUUCCGGAUCCUCUGCACUAUACUCGAGGCAGCCGGGCCGAUCCUGAUCGAUUGAACAUCCUCGACUGGCCCGAAUCGCCGAGACGUUAUCGCAGCGUACAGUCACUGGACACCGUUAGCGGUUUAGUGGACAUUGUCGAAGACGGCUGGCCAAUCGAGGGGAAUCGCAGUAUCGAUUGCAUCUACACUCAGGUAAAAUCUUUGCAUUCCUACUGUUAUAUACUUUCCUACGUGCUUCGAGCAGAGAUUAUACCAUCGUCGAAAAGAUAUUUCACGAGAGAAACAAAAUUUACACAGGGAAGCCAGUUCAAUUAACAGAGAAGCGAAUUAAAUUGAACUGUGCCAGGAAAUUUCAUAUUGGUUGGUUCGUUCGGUUUUAUUUUUUUCCGUGGGAUGGCACUAAUUUUCUUUCUCCAUGUCUUAAUCUUAUUAAAAAUUCAAACCGACUAUAUUGUGUCAGCUAUCAUAUCAGCGAGCAUUGAAGAUGGUUACAGAGCAAAACGAUGAAUAUAUUGUUCAAUGAAGUUAGUAGACUAUUUUCGCAAAGAACACUCUUAACACUAAGAGCUACUCCGGCGACUGA